AAAACAAAAAGAGAAAGAGAAGAUGGCGUGGCGAUGACUGAGUGGCUUUCAUCUCAUCCUCGGUUUCCGUCUCUCUCUCUCUCUCUUCUUCUCCGGCAGGCACAUCGAGAGCUUCUUCUCAUGUUAGCUGCUAAUUCACCUCUUUGAGAUCUUUGAUUUGACUUUGUUCUUCAUAGGUUCAAACUCUUUUUCUCCCCGGAUCUGCUAUCCAUUGAUUGAAUAAUCCUAAUUGCGGGAAAACUCUACACAAAAGGGUGAUUCGGAGAUCCAAUUGAUUAGACAGAGAGAGAGAGAGAGGGAGAGAGAGAGAGAAUGUGUAGGCAGAAUUGUUGCGCGAAAUCGUCACAAGAGGAGGAAGUGGUUUCACCACCUGAUGAGAAUCUAUUGAUCUAUUGUAAACCUGUUCGUCUCUACAACAUUCUUCGCAUUCGCUCUCUUUUCAACCCAUCGUUUCUUCCUAGAUGCUUGAGCUACAAAAUUCGAACAAAGGGCAAAAGAAAGUCCGGAUCUGCUGGGAUUGUAAUUUUUAAUUAUAAGGAUUGUAAUAACACAUUGCAGAAAACUGAAGUUACGGAGAAUUGUUCUUGUCCAUUCUGCUAUAUGACAUGCUGUACCUUCAAGGGUCUACAACUUCAUUUGAAUUCUUUUCAUGACUUACUUGAGUUUGAGUUCCCUCUUUCAGAAGAAUACCAGACAGUUAAUGUCUCUGUAAGACUUGAUGCAUUCGAAUCAGAGGAAGAAGGAUAUCAUCAAGAAAAAUUUGAGCUCAUCUCUUUUUGCUCGAAACCACGUAAGCGUAGACAAAGAGGUCAAAGAGUUAACCCCAGCCUACUAAAUGUUACCUUUUUACCCAUGGAUUCGCCCUGUUUACCCAAUGGCACAGAUAAUUCAACCCACCUGCUGAGUAAUGGAAACCAUAGUUUAGGAUACCCCGUGGCAACAGAUGUUGCUGGACAGUUCGGGAUGAACAAUUCACCAGCCAUAGCUCAGUGUUCGAUGAACUCGAAUGCCAAAGCUGUGUUAACAAGCGAAGCUGUGGCCCAUGCUGCUAAGACAAGAAAGUUAUCUGCCGAGCGAUCAGAGGCUAGAAGCAACCUACUUCUCCAGAAACGCCAGUUCUAUCAUUCUCACAGAGUUCAGCCAAUGUCACUUGAGCAAGUAAUGUCUGAUCGAGAUAGCGAAGAUGAAGUGGAUGAUGACGUUGCAGAUCUGGAAGAUCGCCAGCUGCAGAUGCUUGAUGAUUUUGUGGAUGUGAAUAAGAACGAAAAGAGAUUCAUGCAUCUUUGGAACUCUUUUGUAAGAAAACAAAGGGUUGUGGCGGAUGGACAUAUACCAUGGGCAUGUGAAGCAUUUUCGAAGUUUCACAAGGAAGAGUUGCUCCAUUCUUCACCACUCUUCUGGUGCUGGAGAUUAUUUAUGAUAAAACUAUGGAACAUUGGACUUGUAGACUCGGCCACCAUCAACAACUGCAAUGUCAUCCUCGAGAAUUGCGAUAGUAACUCAGACAAGAACAACAAGAAGAGUGUGGAUGUUGGUAUUGACAUUAACAGUAACGCCAUGGAUGUUGACGAGGAUGUCAAUAACAGCAAAGCCAAGUAAUAGGCUGAAUUAGAGAACCCCCUCUGGCUGCAACAUUCAUCUGUUUUAUUAGUUUGCAAACUGAUUUCAUUUUUUCUUUUUUUUUUGGGUAUCAACUGACUCCAAUCUAUUAAAUUUAAGUUUAGUAGGAAGAAUGAUUUAAAUU